AUGCGCCACCUUGACCACCCGAAUAUUGUCCGCAUGUAUGGCGUUGCACCACAGGAGGAACCGGUGAUGAUAGUUCUGGAAUUGGCAGCUGGUGGCAGUCUAAAGGUCAUUCAUAGGGAUCUGGCAGCUAGAAAUUGUUUACUCGGUUCAAAAAAUGAGCUGAAGAUUUCCGAUUUUGGUCUUUCUGUGAUGAAUAAGAGAGAACUGCGGUUGCAUAAGCUUCACAAAGUCCCAAUAAAAUGGCUAUCACCGGAAACUAUUAACGAGGGUGUCUUCUCUACCAAGACUGACGUGUGGAGUUUCGGUGUUUUGGUGUGGGAGAUAUUCGACCAUUGUAGAAGAGAUCCGUUUCCCGGAGAAACCAACGCACAAGCAGCAAUUCUGAUCACCGGAAAAACACCGCCAAUGGAGCCACCAGCAGGAUCUCCUCCAAUUGUGAAACAAGUCAUGGAUUUAUGCUUCGUGAGGGCACCCGACCUAAGAUCAGACUUUGCGAACCUGCUACACGUCCUUGCACCAAAUGAAGCCUCUACCUACACCGUCCGCUAA